CUCUUGGGGUUUACCGUUUACCUUAACUCCAAUCUCCCUCUUAUUCUUCGUGUUUGAACAGUAACGGAAAAAAUAUCCGCUAUAUUUUACUGUUUAGUGCGGUGAAAUUUGUAUUUGUUUUUCAAAUUCAUUUCUUAUAAAGAACCCCCAUCCAUCAUUUGCCGUUUAAAUAUUCAUUCCAUAAGAAAGAGAAAGAGAGGGCGGACAUUCGGCCGACGCCAGCCCCUCCACAAAGCCGUUACGAUAGGUCAUUGAUAAAAUAAGGAUCACCCCCAUUUUUCUUAUUUCAAUACUAUAAUUGACAGAUUGCAUGUGAGGAUCGGCUGAUACCAAGGCUUUGGGUUUACCAGAUUGAUUACGAUUCCCAGUACUGUUUACAAUUUCAAGACUUGCUUUUUCGAACAAGGAAUUCAGGUUGGGAUACUUCUGUUGUUUCAAGUCAGUAGAGCUGUUCAGUUAUUAUCAGCAGCAAGUGGGAUUGAUGUGCAAUGCAGAGAUCGCGCAGAGCUCUUCAACAAAGAAGAGCUUUGGAGGAUGCGGUUUGUGGUAGGAAUCGAUUGUAUAAGGUCUCUCUUUCUGUAGUUGUUGUUCUAUGGGGGCUUGUCUUCCUCUUAAAUACAUGGAUUGGCCAUGGCCAUGGUCAAAAAGAGGUACCUGAAGAAUAUUCUGUCAAAACAACAAGGUCGGAUGAAGAUAAAGUGGCUUCAAACUCCGUACCAUCUGUGGACAGACUAUCAAAUGGAAUUGUGUCAGCACAUUCUCACGAAGAGACAUCCUUACGUGUUUGUGAAACAGAUACAAUUAGUAAGAGCGAGUCGUCUUUUAGGUUGGCUGAGGAAGCUACCGUAAAGAGAAACUUACCUGCAAACAUUGAAAAGGUAAAGCCGAACAUGGACAGGCUGUCGCGUGGAGUGCCUGUGGGUCUUGAUGAAUUCAAGCACAAAGCAUAUACUUCCACGAGUAGAUACGUAACCGGUCAAGCUGGAAGCCUUAUGCAUAGAGUAGAGCCUGGUGGUUCGGAAUACAAUUAUGCUUCUGCCGCUAAAGGAGCAAAGGUCUUGACGUACAAUAAGGAAGCCAAGGGUGCUUCUAAUAUCUUGAACAGAGAUAAGGACAAGUACCUCCGAAAUCCUUGCUCCACCGAAGACAAGUUUGUUGUAAUAGAACUCUCUGAAGAAACCUUGGUGGAUACAAUUGAAAUAGCAAAUUUCGAACAUCACUCGUCUAAUUUGAAAGAUUUUGAGUUGUUAGGCAGCCACGUUUAUCCAACUGAUUCGUGGGUGAAAAUUGGGAAUUUCACAGCUGCGAAUGUGAAGCAGGCGCAACGGAUUGUUCUUCCGGAGCCAAAGUGGGUGAGAUAUCUAAAAAUGAAUCUACUGAAUCAUCAUGGAUCGGAGUUCUACUGUACGCUGAGUGUUGUGGAAGUGUAUGGUGUAGAUGCUGUUGAGAAAAUGCUUGAGGACCUCAUUUCUAUUCAAGAUAAGAGAGAGUCUUUAGAUGAGAAGAAGACUGUCGUCGAAAGUGAUGCUGCCCAUGAAGAACAAUCGGUUGAAGAAGCCGAUAUCACGAUUGGAACAGCACCUGAUGUGCCUGACCCUGUGGAAGAAGUACGACAUCAGCUGCAGGUUAAUAGGAUGCCUGGUGAUACUGUUCUUAAGAUACUGAUGAAGAAGGUUAGAUCGUUGGAUUUGAAUUUUGCUGUUCUUGAGCGAUACUUGGAGGAGUUAAAUUCCAGAUAUGGUGACAUUUUCAAAGAAUUUGACAAGGAAGUCGGAGAUCAAAGUGCCGUUCUAGAGAAGAUCAUGGCCGAUGUGACGAGUUUCUAUAGUAGCAAGGAGGACAUGAGGAAGGAGAUUGAUGAACUUUCGUCUUGGAAAUCACUUGUUUCCGUGCAGUUGGAAAAGAUAGUCCAAGAAAAUACCCUUCUCAGAUUGGAGGUAGAAAGGGUUGGGAGGAAUCAGUUACAUAUGGAGAAUAAAGGGAUUGUUAUAUUUCUUGUAUGUGUAGUAUUCGGGUUUAUAGGUGUAAUAAGGUCAUUUGCAGAUAUGGUUAUAAAUAAUACAUGUAGGGAAUUUUGUUCGGACAAGUCUUGUUCCUGGUUUUAUCUACUACUCAGCUGUACCCUUACUAUAUUCAUCCUCUCCUUGUAAUUUUAUCUUUUCUUUCUGCAUCAUAUCAUAUUUUUAUAUGGAGUUACAUUUUUCGUGUUCCCCACUUUUCUGAUUCAUUUUUUCCUUCAA